GCAUAAGAAAAUACCGAUUAAAUCACUGUCAAAAGCGAAAAGAAAAAGGCAAAAAAAAUGUUCUUCUUCUUCGUCGGCGGUGUAGAGCAGCAAGUCCGGCAGGUCCUGAAAUACGGCGCCGGCAGGUGCAUAUCGUGCGGCUCCGAGGCCGAUCUGGUGGACUACGAGAAGGUUCUGAAGCUCUUCUUCCUUCCGGUGUGGAAGUGGCCGGGCAAAGAUCCCAUGAUGUACUGCGACAACUGCAAGCUCUUCUUCCCUCCUUCUUACUCUCUGCCGCCGCAGACGGCCGAAUCGCAGCCUCCGCCGCCGUCCUCGGUGCCUGUGUCUCUGCGUUGCCGCUUCUGUGAUCGCCUCGUGGAGCCUGAUUUCAGAUUCUGCCCCUUCUGUGGCUCUGCUCUGUAAAUUGGGUCUAGGGUUUUUCUGAGGUUUAAAAUGUUGGUUGUUUUCUUUGUGGAUAUGUAAAUCAAUUUUCUGUUUUAAUAAAGCGAUUAAUCGGAUUGAGGUUAAAUCUUUAGUGUGCGUUUUAUAUCUACUGCGAAAUCGAGAAUAGAUGGUGUAGCUAAAUAAAGUUUCCAAUUUGAAGGUGGAAUUAUCGGUUCGUUUGAGCUGCUCAAAUCUUGUUCAUUUU